GUGACUCACUCCUCCGAGGGCUUGUGAGAACCUCACCUCAAGGGCGGGCAGGGGGCGUGGGGAAGGCUGCAGCCAAGAGUCCAGCUUCACUUUCACAGCAUCCACCCCCCUCGGGCCCUGCCGCAGAGAGGAGGAAGCUCCUGCCGGCUGCGCGGGCCCUGGAGGAAGUGAGCAGCGGGGCUACCGCCUCCCGGCCUGGUCCCCGAAGCCCCCAGAAGAACCCGGAACUUGCUUCCAUUCGGAACCCAGGGACCACCCUUUGCACCCAGUAGGCCUUUGUUUUCCUGCGUGAAAAGCGGUUGGGCUUGGGAGGCGAUGGAGCCAGAGUUGUUGUACGACCUGCUGCAGCUCCCCAAGGGGGUGGAGCCCUCAGCGGAGGAGGAGCUCUCACAAGGAGGAAAGAAAAAAUACCUGCCACCCACUUCCCGGAAGGACCCCAAAUUUGAAGAACUUCAGAAGGUGCUGAUGGAGUGGAUCAACGCCACUCUUCUCCCUGAGCACAUUGUGGUCCGCAGCCUGGAGGAGGACAUGUUCGAUGGGCUCAUCCUACACCACCUAUUCCAGAGGCUGGCAGCGCUCAAGCUGGAAGCAGAGGACAUUGCCCUGACAGCCACAAGCCAGAAGCACAAGCUCACAGUGGUGCUGGAGGCCGUGAACCGGAGUCUGCAGCUGGAGGAGCGGCAGGCCAAGUGGAGCGUGGAGACCAUCUUCAACAAGGACCUCCUGUCCACCCUGCACCUCCUUGUGGCCCUGGCCAAGCGCUUCCAGCCCGACCUGUCCCUCCCAACCAACGUCCAGGUGGAGGUCAUCACCAUCGAGAGCACCAAGAGUGGUCUGAAGUCAGAAAAGUUGGUGGAACAGCUCACUGAAUACAGCACAGACAAGGACCAGCCUCCGAAGGACGUCUUUGAUGAAUUAUUUAAGCUGGCUCCGGAGAAAGUGAACGCAGUGAAAGAGGCCAUCGUGAACUUUGUCAACCAGAAGCUGGACCGCCUGGGCCUGUCUGUGCAGAAUCUGGACACCCAGUUUGCAGACGGGGUCAUCUUACUCUUGCUGAUUGGACAACUUGAAGGCUUCUUCCUGCACUUAAAGGAAUUCUACCUCACUCCCAACUCUCCUGCAGAAAUGAAAUCCGACUCCAGUGGAAGUUGCAGCAGAAGUUGGAAGCAGGAUAAUUAUAGCAAGCUGAACAGGAAGGCGUCCAGGGCCAGAGAAGGAGCUGGCAGCUUGGGCUGGGUGUGCAAACAGCUUCGAAGCGAAGGGAAAUGCCUCGAAGGCUGGGGUGCCUCGGAGUUGAGCUGCUUCCCAAAAUAAUCCAGAGGGCAGCUGUCUUGGAGUCUGAAACUGGGUCUGGCCGCCUGAGCUGCAGGAAGCCCCAGGACUCACACCAGCUCUGCUCUGGGAACAGAUGGAACUAGGAUUUUUUUUUUUUCUUUUUACCAAAGUCAGCUGGUAAGCGAACAGCUUGUCUAGAGAAAAGUGUGUUCCUGCCCCCAUGUCUUCUGGCAAUGGAUCAAAGCUGCCAGUGCCAUCCCAACCCCCAUCCCUGUCCCACCAGCCUACUUUCCUUGUAAGACUUGGGCAGUGGUGAGCAGAGGGGCAUCAUGGACCUAGAGACACAUGGGGUCCCCACCCUCUGGGGGUGUAGCCCAGGGAGUGUUCUGGACUCCUAGGUUAGUGGGGGACUGGGCUGAGGGGCCUGGCUGGUAAGAAAGUAGAUGAUGAAGAUGUCCCAGAAAUGAUUCUUCCAAGAAGAGUCAGCCAAUGGACCUGGGUUGGCCAACAAUUGCAUGAAUUCAUUUAUUUAUGCACAAGCAUUUCAUAUGGGUUGGUUUAUUAUUACCUAGAACGGUGAUGCAUUAAUACCUAGAUGGGUUUUUACAAAGGUACAAAAUCAUAGUGCACACACCAUUCGUAAGACAACUUCUCCACCUACUGUGUGCAGGCCCAGGGCACAGAGCUGGGUAUAAAGAGAGUGCUCAGACCGAGGCUCUAUCCCAGGGGAGGUGUGGCCCAGGGUGGAAGGGGCUGGGUGGUGCAAUGGUUAGAGUGUGAUGCUUGAGUCAGACCCUGGCGUGUGAAUCCUGGGCACAUCCUCACCUCACUCUGUGACCCCAGGCAAAUCACUUACGUCAAUAAGCCUCAGUUUCCUUCUAUGUCAAAUGGAGGCAAUAAGGAAUCUAUUCUUCAUAGGGCUAUUAAAAAAGUUGAGUUAUCUGGAGAGCUUGAAGCUUGCUGGACACAUAAUAUUCAAUAAAUGUCAGAUGACAUCAUCGAUGUCAUCACCACCAUCACCACCACUGUCACCAUCAUCACUAUCACAUCAUCACCUCCAUCAUUAUCACCAUCAUCACCACCACUGUCACCAUCAUCACCAUCACAUCAUCAUCAUCACCGUCAUCAUCCUCAUCAUCACCUCCCCUGUCACCAUCAUCACCAUCACAUCAUCAUCACCUCCAUCAUCAACAUCAUCACCAUCACAUCAUCAACAUCACCACUGUCACCAUCAUCACCAUCACAUCAUCAUCACCUCCAUCAUCAACAUCAUCACCAUCACAUCAUCAACAUCACCAUCAUCACCACCACUGUCACCAUCAUCACCAUCACAUUGUCAUCACCUCCAUCAUUAUCACCAUCAUUGUCACCAUCACCACCACUGUCGCUAUCACCAUCACAUCGUCAUCAUCACCAUCAUUAUCACCAUCAUCACCACCAUCACUGUCACUAUCAUCACCAUCAUCACUACCAUCAUCAUCAUUGUCACCAUCACCAUCAUUGUCACCAUCAUCACCACUACUGUCACUAUAAUCACCAUCACAUCAUCAUCAUCAUCAUUAUCACCAUCAUCACUACAGGCACAAAAACAGUGCUGGAAGUCCCUCCUCCAUAGGUCCUAGUGAGGAUGCAGUGACAUGAGGUACAUGAGGUUAGAGGCCUGGCACGCCUUUGGCACUCAGAGUUAGGCACUAAAAGGCCAGCUCAUCAGGUGAGUCCUACCUGGAUUUUUUUUUUUUUAUUAUACUUUAGGGUUUUAGGGUACAUGUGCACAAUGUGCAGGUUUGUUACAUAUGUAUCCAUGUGCCGUGUUGAUUUCCUGCACCCAUUAACUCGUCAUUUAGCAUUAGGUGUAUCUCCUAAUGCUGUCCCUCCCCCCUCCCUCCACCCCACAACAGUCCCCGGAGUGUGAUGUUCCCCUUCCUGUGUCCAUGAGUUCUCAUUGUUCAAUUCCCUGGAUUUAUGUCCCUGCUUCUAGGCUUUGCUUGUUGGAGACCCAUAGCAGCACCUAGACUUGGGUAAAUACUUGUGGACUGACCCACUAACGUGACCUCUUAUCUCUCCUGGGUGAGUCAGAUCCAGAUCUGCUGCUUCACCUUGCAGCCUACCCAGCUGGCCACCCCAGCACCCCAGGAUGCCAGCAUUCAAGCAGGGCUUAGCUCUGACUUGAGCCCAUCUUCUCAGCCCCUGUGCUGGGCUGGUAGGCUCACCAGCUCAGCUGAAAACACAGGGACAAGUGGAGGACCUCCGGCUCCAUGAUCCCUCUCCCUUCCCUGGUUGUCUGGAGUAAGAGGCAGGAGUGUGAUGUGGGAAAUCCUGGUUCCAGUCUUAAUGGGCCCCUUAGCAGCUGUGUAGUCUUGGACAGGUCACUACCCCUCUUUGAGCCUGAGUUGCCUCAUCUGUAAAAUGGAAUGAUCUUACCUGCUUAGUUCAACUCCCAGGAUGGGAAUCCAUCUUAAGGAUGAACUGCAAUAAUGGUGGGCAGGGUUUUGAAAACUGCUGUCAGCUAAACAAUGGCCAUGGCUAGCACUGACUGGGAUCUCCACCUUUAUUCAGCAGCCAUGGCCCAGAUGGCCUAGCCACCUACCAAGCCCAUCUCCUCUUCCUGCUGGGCAUGCAGCUGGACUGCAUGCCCUGCCUUCUUUGCAACCCAACCUGGUCAAUAAUAAAAUGUGAAUCAAGUAAAA